UUGUUAAAGCUUCGAAUAACACACCUCGAGCUUCUGGACAGAAAAAUCACGAAAGCGGGAAGCAAGAGAGAGAGGCAAUUGCUCGAACUGUUGUUUGGUUGUGCUGAAAGAAAGGAUCGCAGUGACGGCGAUACAGCAAGAGAGGAAGCUGAAAAGAUUCCCUGGAUACAGCAAGAGAGGAAGUUAAAAAGAUUCCCUGGUACAAUAGAGGAUAAAGAGUCGAGUCGCUUUCCUGGGAUCAAUCUUUCGUCUCUCGUCUUGUCACAAGAUCAGAAGAUAAAGGGAGACCUUUUCUGCUUCGUGCUAAUACCAGAGGACCAGAGGCACUGUCACCACUGCAACAAUAUUCUGCUGGCCUUGUUCCAUUUCCGAUUGCUGCCUACCCUCGGGUACUGCUUCGGACGACGACGACGAUUAUUCCUCCUUGUCAGCAUCGGAACAAUCCCACCUCAUUCCCGAAGAAACUCGUCGCAGUUUUCACGAAAGCAUCCGCAACAAAAAGAUAUUCAUCCACAGCCGAGGCAAUCGACCUUUUUUAUCCUUUCUGGAACGAGUCAUUGACGCCGUAAUGGGUGCCUGUUUGAGUGCCGCUGGUGGGGGAGGGAUGCUCAUUGAGAAUCCGGAUGGUGACGAAGAAGGCUUCCACAAACGAUUUCUGGAGGAUCAUGUUCUGGGAGAAGGUGAAUUCGGGGUUGUCAAAAUGGUGCAUGACAUGAGAUCACAAGAAAAUGAACCACUGGCAUGCAAGACUCUACGAAAAGGUGUUGUCUUUAAAGACAAUGUCUUGUAUGCACCCCUGAAACCAGAAAUUCUCAAGGGAGAAAUCAACAUGCUGAGGGCACUAGCAGCGGACAAGAGCAACUUUUGCCUCAAACUGCAUUCCAUUUACGAAACGCCACGAUUAAUUCUCAUGGUGACAGAGCUAUGUGCUGGAGGAGAAAUGAUGGAAUAUGUCGCCAAACAGGAAGAUGAUUUGAGAACGGAAGAUGUGUCACGGAUCGCCUUUCAACUCUUGACGGCAUUUGAGUGUUGUGCCAAACAUCAUAUCAUACAUCGAGAUGUCAAGCCAGAAAAUAUCAUGUUUCUUCAACCGACACCCAAGUCAGAGCUACGUGUGAUUGACUUUGGAUCAGGAGUCAUGGACGAUCCAAAUGCCGAGUUGGAGGAAGGAGCCGAAUUUGGAAGGCACACAACCUUUGCUGGUUCUGCGUUUUACAUCUCCCCCGAAAUGUUUCAACGAACCUAUACAAAAGCCACGGAUAUCUGGUCCGUCGGUGUGACUCUGUACGUCCUUGUGGCCGGUUAUCCCGCGGAUCAGCUCCAAAAAGCAUUCAACAUUCUACAAACAUCCAAAAAUAGAGACCUUAAGAAACUGCCCAAUCUACCCGAGGACAUGCCGGCUUCCUACUACGAGAUGCUGGAAGGAUUGCUAGUAUACCGACACAAACGACGAAAGACCGCGGCCGAAAUGCUGACCCAUGAGUUUGUGACAUUCCACAAAGACUUGGAGGAGGAGGAAGACGGAAUCUCUAUUGAAGCGAUUGCUGCCGCGGCAGCAGCUGCAGGAGGAAUAGAUCCAGAGAAAUCGUCAGCGUCCAAGAAAAUGGGUAGAUCCCAAUCGAUCAAACUCAGCGGAAGUGUGCAAAGGCAUACGCUCAUGCUUGGUUAUCAGAAAUUCGAACGCAGUGUCACCACACUGCUGGCAACAAUGUUGGACGGGAAUGAAUUCGAUCGUCUAAUAAAGCAACUGGACGACCGCAAAAAACCUGCAGAGACCAAUGCCUCUGAACCUUCAGCUCCAGCAAACAACAAUGAACCCGAAGGUGCAACAACAAAUGGCACUGGUCCCACGGACGAAAGCAACGAGACCGUGAAUCGGGAACGUCUUGAUAUCAUUCCAAUGCACACUUUGAAAAAGAUUGUCAAGGAGGACUAUGGCAAGGAUGAUGUAUUGGAUAUGAUCUCGAAACUACCAAACGCCAACGACUACAACACGUUUGCCUACCAUACGCCUCUGUUGAAGGAGUUUGUCAGCGCAGACGCCGCCGGUGGAACCAAACGAAGAUCUAGUAAGAAUGGCGGUGAUCACACCAAUCCUCGCGUUGUUCGCCGUGGUACCUACGUAGCCGACAAGCUCGUGAACCGAGCCGGUUCUCUGCGAGACCUCACAUCACGGUCUGAUGGCGAUGAACCCAAGGGUAAGCAGGGAAGUUUCCGAAAGCUAUUGAAUGGCUCCGGAACAGGACCUCGGGCGAGACGAGCACAGCUUACUCAUGCCCAAUCUGCUGUGAGAUGAGAAUGCAUCGUCGUCUUCCUUUCCCGCCAACGAAGAAGGGCUUUUGCUAUUGGUGUGGUGUUCAAUUGUUAGCUGUGGCAAACGAUGCCUUGGUGUUAUGUACUUUUAGUCUAGAGUUCUGAAGUCAAAGAGGUUUUGAAUGAGCGGUGCAGGCUUGUCUAGUUCACACGCCAGCUAGCGAGAGUAGAUGUAGAAGAAGGGGCUUCCCUAGAUGGCAUACAGCUCUUAUGUUUCU